AUGGGCCUUCCCACCGUAGCAGCGGCCAUUGCGGGCGGCCUGGCCACCGCUGCCUACCUCGAUGCCAAAUUCCUCUUCCGCCAUGACCUCAAUUCAGGCUCGUUGGCCGCCAGCCAGAAGAGCGCAAUGGCCUUCACCUUGGAGAGGUACCAGCAGAACAAGAUGCUCAUCUACCACAUCUUUGAGGAACACGCCGCGGGCAAGAACGCAGACAAUCUCUUUCUCAUCUUCGAGAACCGGUCCUGGACCUACAAGCAGUUCUUCAAUGACCUGCACAGGGUCGCCAACUGGCUGAUGAAAGAUUUGGGUAUCAAACCUCAAGAAGUCGUUGCCCUGGACGGGGGGAACAGCCCCGAAUAUCUCAUGCUCUGGUUCGCCGUGGAAGCCAUCCAUGCCUGUCCCGCCUUCAUCAACUGCAAUCUGACCUCUGGCCCGCUCACACACUGCGUCAAGCUCUGCGACUCACGGUACCUGAUCGCCGACCGCGCAACAAAAGAUCUGGUACAGCCAUGCGAAGAAGACCUCACGGCCUCGGGCAUCCAAAUCGUCUACUACGACGAACCGUUCUUCUCGUCCCUCGCCGACACCACUUUAAUCCCCAAAUCCCUCCAUCAAGGAAUUCUGCCCACCGAACUUGGGGGUCUCAUCUACACCUCGGGCACAACAGGGAUGCCCAAGGGUGUGAUCAUGCUUCGUGGCCGCGAACUCAACACCGCCCGCAACAUUGCUUUGUAUCUCAAACUCAAACCUCAUAAUCGUAUGUAUACCUGCUUACCACUUUACCACGGCGCCGCGCACGGUCUGUGCCUGACGCCCUCAAUCUUUGCCGGAUCCACCGUCGUCCUCGGCCGAAAAUUCUCCCACAGGACGUUCUGGCCAGAAGUCCGCGCCUCCAAGGCUGACAUCCUCCAGUACGUGGGUGAGCUCUGCCGGUAUCUCAUCAACGCACCGCCUAGUCCGCUGGACAAAGAACACAGCGUGAAAAUGGCAUGGGGCAAUGGUAUGCGUCCAGAUGUGUGGGAAAACUUCCGGCAGCGCUUCGGAAUCGAGACGAUAAACGAGCUGUAUGCGGCUACCGACGGGCUGGGUGCCUCUUUUAACGCGAACAAGGGCGAAUUCGGCAAAAACGCAAUCGCCAUGCGUGGGCUAUAUUGGAAACUCAUGAACGGUCCGAAUGAGAAGAGAGUCAAGAUUGACAUCGACACCGAAGAGAUCUUGCGUGACAAGAACGGUUUUGCCAUUGUCUGCAAAGAUGGAGAACCCGGCGAGGUGGUGCACAAGAUGGAUCCGGCCACGGCGGACACGGCGUUCGCAGGGUACUACAAGAACAAAUCCGCCAGCGACAAACGAAAGAUCCGGGACCUGUUUCAAAAGGGAGAUCUAUGGUUUCGCAGUGGGGACAUGAUGCGCCAAGAUCCCGACGGGUGCGUAUAUUUCGUCGACCGCCUCGGCGACACCUUCCGGUGGCGCAGCGAAAACGUCUCGACCAACGAAGUCUCAGACGUGCUGGGUAAAUUCGACCAGAUCGCCGAAGCGAACGUGUACGGCGUGCAGGUGCCCCAUGCGGACGGACGCGCAGGGUGCGCUGCCAUCGUGCCCGUCUCGUCAAUCACCUCACCCGACCAGCUCGAUCUGGCGGGGUUAGCUUCGCACCUGCUCUCGACGCUGCCGCGGUACGCCGUGCCCAUCUUUCUCCGCGUGGUGCCGCAGCUCGAGUACACGGGGACCAUGAAGUUACAAAAGGGCCGUCUGCGCGCCGAGGGCGUCGACCUCGACAAGAUCGGGGCCUCCAGGCCUGACGAUCGCAUGUUCUGGCUCCCUCCCGGAGGGGCAAAGUACGAGCCUUUUACUCGGAAAGAGUGGGAGGAUCUCAAGGCCGGGAAGGUCAGGCUGUAG